UGUCAAAAUAUUACGCAGCGUGUGUGUGUGGGUUCGUUGUGUUUGUGUGUGGCUCACAGCUAACACGGUGAAGAGAUGGCAGCCAAGAUGGAGCUCGCACCCCUCAGACCGUGGGACGACUUCUUCCCCGGAACUGACCGAUUCGCCAAACCUGAGUUCGGAGACUUGGCGAAGUGGAACAACAGAGUGAUCAGUAACUUGCUGUACUACCAGACGAAUUACUUCGCCGUGGCUCUGGCGGUUUUCCUCGUUGUAGGGUUCUUUAACCCGUUUGGCAUGUUUCUGGGAGGAACUGUGGUGGCUCUGGUUUUCAUUGGUUCAGUGUGGGCAGGAGAGAACAAGGCCUUCGUCAAGAACUUCAAAAGGAGGAACCCCACUCUGUUUGUCAUCGGGGUCAUGGUCACCAGUUACUUCCUGCUGUCUCUGUGUGGUGGCGUCAUGGUCUUCAUCUUUGGAAUCACCUUCCCUAUGCUGCUGUGUCUGAUUCAUGCCUCGCUGAGACUGCGCAACAUGAAGAACAGACUGGAGAACAAGAUUGAGGGUGUUGGGCUGAAGAAGACCCCCAUGGGCGUCAUCAUGGACCUCCUGGAUCAGCAGGAGGAGAAAAUGAACAAGAUUCAGGAUUUCAUUGAAAGCAAACUGAAGGAAUGAGGCUUUACACCAAAAGUGUGCCAAGGGAAGUCAGUGUCAUACAGUGUGGAUGAAUUCAAUUUCCAUGUGUCUCAAAUUUGUAUCCCCUCUAUUAAUACAUGUAAAGUUACUCAUGUAACAUUCAUGCAUUCCCAUACUUUUUAUCCAUUUUAUUUUAUUCUUUGCACUUUUGUGUUUACAUUAUCUGAAGCGUAAGGAUGGAUAAUGCCAUUAUAACAAGAUUUGCACAAUCACAGCGUGGAUUGGAUGUUGAAAGGCAAUGGGCAGUAAAGGUUACCAAAGGUGUCAAAAAUAAUUCCAAAAACAAAUCGUUUCCCUUGAUUAUGCACUGUGUUUUACCCAAUGACUGACUAUUUAUUUCAGAAAAUUAAAGCAGAAUGUCUGAACACAAUAUUUAAUGCAGUUGUUAGAUGCCAUUUAUAUUUGUUCUAAAAAAGAAAUCAAAAUCCUCACUGUUUGCUACCUCAAAACAAGCAUGUUUAAUUUUCUUCUCACUGAGUAGACCCACAGCAAGACCCAACAUCCAGUAAACUGCUUUUUGAACAGCAAUAAUUCCCAUCUUGUUUCUUCAGGAGCUGUAUGAAUACUGAUCUGAGACCAGUUUGCUUUUUGUGGAGACAGUUACAGUAUAUGCCCUGACUAAAAAUACUUGAGUUUAAAUAUUCCUAUUCUCAAGAGAUUUGUGCGUACAGUUCCUGACCAUACAGGCUGGCCUGAGUGUAUCCCUUCUGAUCACAGCUAUGCAAUAUUGAAAAAUGAAUGGCACAUGCAGCUUUAUUGUUUGAAUAUUCUAUCAUAGUAUGUAAACGUUUGUUGUUAUUUCUGAUGUGUCUUUAUUUUAAUAAUAUAGCAUGCAGAAAUGUAUUAAAAAAAUGCAUAAUGCAGGUACAUUUGCCAAUGAUAUAAAUUACUGAUUAAACUGAUUCACUUUAAUUACUCUUUAAUUACAGUAUUAGAAAAUACUGGACUAGAGACAUACGGACCUCCCAUUUAAGUUUGUGAUCAAAUCCCUUUUUUCCUUGUGAAAAGAAUCCAAAUUAAAUCAAGUCAAGUCAAGUCAUCUGUAAUGUUAAGUGUUCAUUUUCUACUGCUACUCCUUGAUGAGUAAGAGCAGUUGUUUCUUGUUGUUUUUCACACAUGCACACUGACUGCAGUUUGUGCAUGCUACUUUCACAAAUGGCAGUUCAGAGAGAUCCUUUAUGUUAUAUGAAUGCUAUAUUAUAUAUUAUCUGUUUUUAUGUGACUUUCAUUCUCUUCAAAUCACAGAACUUUAAGUAAAACAUGUCUGUCCUCUAUAAAAAAUAAAGAUAACCUGAUUUA